AUGGCCUCCGAGGCGGCGAAGGUGCCGGUGCCGGAGUCGGUGAACUUCAAGAGGAAGAGGGGAGAGGUCUGGGCCGCCGCGAAGAAGCAGAAGGUCGCCGACGAGAAGAAGAAGGACGCGGAGAACACCAAGGUCAUCUACGCCCGCGCCAAGGAGUACGCCGGGGAGUAUGAGGCUCAGGACAAGGAGCUGGUGCAACUUAAGCGUGAGGCCCGGAUGAAGGGUGGGUUCUAUGUCAGUCCUGAGGCAAAGCUGCUGUUUGUCGUCCGUAUCCGUGGUAUCAAUGCUAUGCACCCAAAGACCAAGAAGAUCUUGCAGCUUUUGCGUUUGAGGCAGAUUUUUAAUGGUGUGUUCCUUAAGGUCAACAAGGCCACCAUUAACAUGCUGCGUCGGGUUGAGCCAUAUGUUGCUUACGGGUACCCUAACCUCAAGAGUGUCAGGGAGCUGAUCUACAAGAGAGGUUACGGAAAGCUCAACAAGCAAAGGAUCCCUCUGACCAACAACAAAGUCAUCGAGGAGGGUUUGGGGAAGCACAACAUCAUCUGCAUUGAGGACCUUGUGCAUGAGAUCUUGACCGUCGGCCCACACUUCAAGGAGGCGAACAACUUCCUGUGGCCAUUCAAGCUCAAGGCUCCGCUCGGUGGCCUGAAGAAGAAGAGGAACCACUACGUCGAGGGUGGUGACGCUGGCAACCGUGAGAACUACAUCAACCAGCUCGUUAGAAGGAUGAACUAG